AUGGUUGGUGCAGUUCCUGGAGAUCCUAAUCGUGCUACGGUGGACCUACCCGUUAUCGACCAACUCCCUCCAGUUCGUUCCCUCGGUCGGCCUCCUCUGGCGUCAUCUCUGCCCCGGCCUACUACAGUAACCUCUCUUCCUGCUCAUACCUCAUUGCCCACUUCUCCACUACUACCUCCACAUCAUGAAGGCUUCAGAGAUGCAUCCUCGUUGGGUGAGCCGCUCUACAAAGUCAACAAGACGACUGUGAAGAGUGAAGAUCAUAUACCAGAUCAGGAAUGGCGUCAGCUUACUCGUACGAGUGAGCACCUCGCUGAAGAAUGGCGUAAGGCUGGGCACAAGGCCUUCGAUGAUACUCCAGGGACGGGCCCUAUUUCGACGACGUUGAGAAUGUGGGAAAUGUUUUGCUAUUCUAAGUGGGUAUCGCCGUCUGGUGUAUCUGCUGUGAGAGCCUUCAUGGAAGCGGCCAUCUCGGCUAAGAUAAGUGACGAAAUCAAGAAAGCUUUCGGCCGGCAGAUUAUUUCCUCGGAAAACUUACGAUCGAGAGUGUUCUACGACUAUUUCUACAAGUUCGCCAUUUCAUAUCUCAACGAUAACUACACGGACUCUGUUUAUGUUACUACGGUUCUACAGCGCAUCCUCAAUCUGACUCAGGGUACUGUUUCUCUCUCUGAUCAUCUACAAGCUGCCGAGGAGCUGAUUGAGGAAUUGAAGUUCUGUGCUUCUUCUCGCGUCGUUCAGCUCGACAUCGACCAUCUUAGUAAUUCGCUCAUGAUGUCUCUUGGCGAGCCUUUCCGUGGGUG